AUGGGAACCUCUGAAAUCGCCGCCGGUGGAGGCCGAGGCACCGCCGUCCCCAAAGAGGUUGACUAUGCCAAUUACUUCUGCACCUACUCCUUUCUCUACCACCAAAAAGAGAUGCUCUCCGAUCGUGUUCGGAUGGACGCUUACUUCAAUGCCGUUUUUGAAAACAAACACCACUUUAAGGAUAAGGUUGUUUUGGAUGUGGGAGCUGGAAGUGGUAUUCUGGCUAUAUGGUCAGCACAGGCUGGUGCGAAGAAGGUGUAUGCAGUGGAAGCUACUAAGAUGUCCGAACACGCUCGGGCGCUUGUUAAAGCGAAUAAUCUUGAAAAUGUAGUUGAAGUCAUUGAGGGCUCCAUGGAGGAUAUUACCUUGCCGGAGAAAGUUGAUGUCAUCAUAUCUGAAUGGAUGGGUUAUUUUCUUCUGCGAGAAUCUAUGUUCGAUUCUGUUAUAUGUGCUCGUGACCGCUGGCUCAAACCAACUGGAGUGAUGUAUCCCAGUCAUGCUCGCAUGUGGAUGGCGCCUAUCAGGACUGGAAUAGUAGAACAAAAAUUGGAUGAUUACCAAUCUGCUAUGGGUGAUUGGCACAGCUUUGUCGAUGAAACCAAAGCCUGCUAUGGUGUUGAUAUGAGCACCUUGGCAAAGCCUUUUGCAGAGGAGCAGAGGAAAUACUAUCUACAGACAUCAUUGUGGAGCAAUCUUCAUCCACAUCAAGUUAUAGGAACUGCUGGUAUAAUAAAGGAAAUUGACUGUUUGACUGCCACAGUGGCGGACAUAGAGAAAGUCAGAUCAAAAUUUUCUCUAUCAAUAACCAUGGACAAUACAAAAUUGUGUGGAUUUGGAGGGUGGUUUGAUGUGCAUUUCCGGGGACGAAGCGAGGAUCCAGCUGAACAUGAGAUUGAAUUAUCUACCGCUCCUAGUGUAGAUUACUGUACACACUGGGGCCAGCAGGUUUUCCUUUUAAAUCCUCCUACACAUGUGGGUCAAGGUGACGAGUUAAGUGUUAAUUUUCUCAUGAGUCGUUCGAAGGAAAACCAUCGUUUGAUGGAGGUUGAGCUUGGGUCUGAGAUUCAAAAGCAUUCUGGCAAGCUCGUUGCACCUUUCAAAAAUAAGUACUACAUUGAAUGA